AUGGCAUCCUCCUCACCCUCAAAAGACAAUACCAAGGUCGACGACGCCGAUCUUGCGGCAGUCCCUAGUCACAUUAAUGAUGGAGUCCAACACGACAUUGACGAUGCGUACCUACGAGCGACCAAGUUCACCAAGUUUUGGAGGAGUGUUCUCUGGCAAAUGAUCUUGUUUGGAGCUCUCUCCUUCGUCGGCCCCGCGAUGUCCGACGCCAUCUCCAACCUCGGAGGUGGCGGCCUCUCCACACCAUACCUGGCCAACUUGGCGACUUCGCUCAACUACGCGGCCGGAUGUCUCAUGACACUCUUCGGAGGCCCUUUGAUUAAUAAGUUUGGUAUCAAGUGGUCUUGCAUGGUUGCUGCUGUCGCAAUGCCACUGGCUGGCUCUGCAUACUACGUCAAUGCGAAGUACGACGUGGACUGGUAUCUUCUCUUCGCGAGGCUCAUUGGAGGGUUCACCUCUGGAUUCCUCUACGUCGCCGAGACGACAGCCAUGUUGUCGUAUCCUAAGCCGAACGACAGAGGAUUCUAUCUGGGAAUCUGGUCUGCGAUGCGCAACUCUGGCAGCGUUAUGGGCGGCGCGAUCAACUUCUCCACCAACUACUCCAAGGGCUCUGCAGGAGGUAUUGCAUGGUCAACAUACCUCAUCUUUGUUGCCUUUGAAUGCACUGGUGUGAUCUGGGCGUUCCUGCUGUCACCAACUGCACGCGUCCGACGUCGCGAUGGUUCCAAGAUCCCAAUGUCCCCGAGCACUACUUGGAGGCGAGAAUUCGCUGCACUCUGGAAGCACGCACAGCGCAAGAAGACCUGGCUUGUCUUCAUCCCGGCCUUCUACUCGUUCUUCUACGGCGGAACCAUGGGCACUUAUCUGUCUCUGCACUUUUCCGUCCGCGCUCGAGCCCUGUCCUCCCUGAUCAUGCCCUCCGUUACCAUCCCUCUUGUCAUCGCGUACGGAAAGCUUCUUGACACCGCCCGCUGGUCUCAGAGCAGACGCGCAUGGAUCUCGUUCGCCAUGUGGUCCAUCCCGCAAGCGGCCUGCUUCGUCUGGAUCGGAAUUGAAUACGGCAAGUUCGGAUCAUCGAAGCCCGCUCUGGACUAUGAACUGUAUGGGACCCCCAAGGACGUCGACUUUUUGAGGAUGCAUGAACUGACAGUAUUCUCCCACAGACAUGGCAGAAGAUGGGCAGAGGCAUACAUCCCGUACCUCAUCAUCUUUUCGACCGGAUACUGGACACAGUUGUCCCUGUACUGGAUUCUGGGUACUUUCUCUACCGACGUGGGAUCCAGCUCUCGUACCGGUGGCUUGUUCCGUGCCUUCGAAACCGCCGGUCAGGCCGUGUCAUACGCCAUCAACACCAACUCUAGCGCAGACCCGAAAGUCGCCUUCAUCGUCAACUGUGCUGUGUUGGCUCUUACGAUUCCAUGCAUGGUGUUCUUGAUUCGUCUGGUUCCCGAGGCACCGGCUGAUACGGACAUCGACGCCGGUGAUCUCGGAGUUAUUGACGGGGUGCCAAAUAAGGGGCAGACGCUGGCCGAGGCCCCCGAGGAGCGCCGGGACUGA